GUGCGGACGUAUGUUAACAGAAUGCUGAUGUCGAAGUCGACACGCACACACAUAAGCAAGGCAGCCAUACAAUUUGUCCAUCACAAUUCGUUUUGGUAGCUGCCAGAGAGAGAGAGAGACAGAGAGAGAUGUCGCUUGCAAAACUCAUUAGCGACAAACAGCACAUCAACCAUCAAGACGACAACAAGAUUCUGUCGGCACCCCCCUGACACACACAUACAUACAGGUGAAACCACUGCUGCUGUUGCUGAUGUAGAAUAGACGUCAUAUUAUAUAUCUGUGCACGCACAGACGUAGAGAGACCUAUUUCACUGUCAUUAUGCACACGCACACACACAAAGAAAGCGCCGCCCACCUCCCUGCCUGCCUACAGUCAGUCACGCCCUCGAGGGCACCCCUGCUACUCACACUUGCGCACGCUCUCUACAGCCCCCUCUCAGUCACUGUAAGAAGAGCCCCUUGGCCAUCUUCUUCUCCAGACGCUGCUGUGCUCACCGGCUGGCCCGACUGACCCCAGACGACGCAGCCGCAGCGGGGAGUGAGGAGGACGCCUUGGACGCGACGGCUUUGACUAACCCCAUCACCUGCAUGCAUUCAGUGCAUUGAUGCAUCGGCCACAGACACACACAUGCAGUGCAGACUUACGAGCUCGUGGUCGUCUUGGUCCGUCGUGUAGUGCGAGAGGCGGCCUCCAUCGAUCAGAUCUUUCAGCUGGCGGAAACAGUCCAGCUGUUGCGGGUGGGUCAAUCAGUCACGUAGACAGACACAAGGAGGGAGGGAAUGGGUGUCGAUGGAUGACGCACGCGCCCGUGUGUGCGCGCACCUGUGCUAUGUGGUCGGCCAUGAGGUUGCUGUGGGUCUUGCCAUUGGCAACUUGUUCGUCGCCAUACCUGCGAACACACACACACACACACACAGAGAGAGAGAGAGAGAGAGAUGGGAUACACAUGCACGUCUCUACUUGUUGCCUUCAUGCGCUGACUUGAACUUGACGAUUUCCAUGAGGAUGUCGGCAGCCAUGUGGCGGUAGCCGGCCUCGCCCAUCGGCGGAGUGCGAGUCAGGAAACCCACCAGCGUCUGGCACACGGCGGCGGGGAGGGCCUCAUACUUGACCAACUGCUCACACACACAAACACGCACGCAUACACACACCAUAUCGUGGCACGUAGGCAGGUGUGUGGGGUUCAGUCUUGCCUUGUCGGUGUGCUUUUGGGCUAUGUGCCAGAUGGUCUCGAUGCAUCGGUCGCGUCCCAGCUCCCCGUCCGUGUCGCACAUCCGGCCCAGCAGCAUGGGCACAGCACCAGAAUCGAGGAGCACCGACAGAUGCCCUCUGCCUGCAGCUCACUCACACACAGACAUACACAUACAUACAUACAAACUCACGGCCACGUGUCGUGUGUGUGUUGUGGUGUGGGUGGGCGCCUGGAUGGCUCCCCGCUGCAUGCGUACGUGCGAGAGCUCGCGGGACGUUGAGGGCAUGGGCCAUGCUCAAUAACCCCCAGCCGAUACGCUCGGAGCCCAUGGCCGACACCAGACCCUUCAUGGCUUCGGCCCUCGGCAGAUACUCAAACAACGGACCAAACACUGCACACACGCAUAUAUCCACACGUGUACACACAGCUGCCUGCCUGUUUUGUCUGUGGCCCUGGUCUUCUCCUCUCCCUGCUCACUGGCGGGGUCGCCCCAACGGGAGGGCGAGGAGUUGAGCAUGACGCCCAGCACACACGCCGCUGACCCCUUAGCAACGAGACUGCUGUCAGAGGACGCCAGCACCGACACCAACGGCUUGAUGUGCGGCGUGGCGUGCUUCUUGAAGGCCUCCACGUGGUCCUCUUCGAUCCACGCCCACCGGUCGAUGAAUCAAUCAACGAGAGAAGGCACCCACGGCACACCACAACAAACACCGAUGACAGAUGGGUGAAUCGGUUCCUUUGCCAUCUUGCUUGCUCACCGGCUGAGAGGCCAGCCUUUUCCGAGUAGUAGCCUACAGUUUUCGGUACGAGGAGGAAGACCCUGUCGGCUCUCUUCUUCUCCGCCACUCGCUCCAUCUGCUUGUCGCUCAGAAUCAUGUCCGUCGCCUCGCCGAAUCCCCGAUACCGCUCGUCCCACGGGGUCAUCGACCUGCUGCACGUCAGGAAGUCGAUGGCAGCGUCAGCCAGGUCGUCGGGCUCUAGCGUCUUGGCAGCGACCGCCGCACGCUCCAGGAGGUCACGAUGGCCGCCGAUGAUGGCGUCACGGAUGGUGUUGUUUUCCUCAUCUUGCAUCGCCAGGGUGAGCAUCGUGAAAAGGCUGAUCUCGACGAAGAGGCGGUCCGCGCUCGGCACUGCAGCCACGGCCUCCUUGAGGCGGCCCACCUCGGCCAGCAGCUGCUGGGAGUCACCGCCGAAGUCCCAGCUGAGCGUCACCAUCAACGCCACGACCAUCGCUGACCGACAAGCCAGCAAUCGCGGCUCGGGGUCCGCCGUCGUGUCGCACAUGGCGUGCAUGAGGCAGCUGCGCAGGCCCUGGCCGACGGGGUCUGCCUGCAUGGCCUUCAUGGUGUCUUGCACGACGUUGUUCUCGGACCCGCCAGCCUCCUGCAGGUUGAUCAACAUCUGAUACAGCUCGCGGAGACGCUGAAGCCGCUCGCUUGCCGUCCCGUGUGAUGACUGAAAGCCCGAAGCUGCCGAAAGGAGGUCGGAGAGGGACACCCCGUGGGGUACGUCGGCGCGAUGCUCAUCAACCGCGAACAUCGUGGCUGCUCAAAACGGGAAGGCCAGAUCUGC